CCCUUGCUCGCAUAUUAUCCAGCCAGGACGAGGUCAAAUCUCGCCAGAUAUUUUCUACACGGUCAUGGAGCCGAUGUCGAAGGUCAAGCUCAUGAGUGAGCAUGUGCUCAAGCAACUUGCCCGCCAUCGCGCAGGGCCCGCCAGCAGCACAAAAUCUCCUCUUUUUGUCGCGGUACAAGGACCACAGGGAAGCGGGAAGACAUUUCUGACGACCCGUCUUCAAGAAGCCUUCGUCUCUGAGCCGCAUUCUCUCAAGGUUGUCGUGCUAUCCAUAGACGACUUGUACCUCCCGCACGAACAUCUCGUAGCUGUAGCAAAGGCCUACCCAGAGAACAGGCUAUUACAGGGACGGGGGCAACCAGGCACGCACGACGUGAAGCUUGGAAUAGAGAUCCUUGCACGGCUAAAGCGCAUUAACGAGGACCCUGAGCACCACCCGGACGUACACAUCCCGAGGUUUGACAAGAGCUUGCACACUGGCGAAGGCGACCGUGUGCCCGAGGGAACUAAUGUCAGGGGACCCGUUGACGUCGUCGUCCUUGAAGGUUGGUGUGUGGGGUUUUAUCCGUCGAGUAAAGAGGAGAUCGACCAUCGCUUCGAGCUACCCGUCCAAGGGCUCGGGGAUGACUUCUUCAUUAGUCGCGGAUUCAGGAAGGAGGACGUCCUUGACAUCAACCAGAGGCUAAAGGACCUCGCGAGUUGGUGGCCAUACUUCGAUGCUUUCAUCCAGAUUAAGCCCGCGGGGAGUCAUCCAUACGACUAUAUCUACAAGUGGAGGCUACAGCAGGAGCACAACAUGAAAGCCGUGAAUGGAGGCAAAGGCAUGACAGACGAGCAAGUUGUGAAAUUCGUCGACCGCUACAUCCCUGGCUAUGUCUUCUUCGGCGACGGCAUAACCAAAGGGGGCCCUGGCGAAGAUGGCCACCUACAGCGGCCUCCUUGGGCGGGGAACGGUUUGUGUAUACAGAUAGGAGAAAGCAGAGAAGUUGUGGAUGUUGGCACGUUCUAGCGAUACGGAGCUAAUUGAAUUCUUCAUGAAUGGAAUUCUGUAUUUUAGUUAUGGCAUACACCUUGAUUCAGC